UGGAUUAUUUCAAUAAUGUAUAGACCUCUAUGUACUUGUUUUGAUCUGCACCUGCUUUAACCAGCGGGGAUGGAGCAUAAGGAGGCGGUGUUGUUGAACCCAGCCCCGGCAGAUGGUGCACAGGGAGGAGCGCCGCUGUUACACCGCACAGGUGCUUGUUGUCAUGGAGGAGCAAAGAUGGCGGUCCUGGCCUAUAGCCUGGGCAAACGCGAAAUAAAUCAACAUUUCAACAUAAAAAAUGCCAAAUUGAUAUCGCUGGUACUCGUCAGUUUACUCAUCGUGUUCCACACAGCUUCGCGGUACUAUGGAGGCGGAGACUCGUGUGAAUGGCUGCUCUCCAAAGGACGAUACUUGGGGGAGAACGUAUGGCAGCCGUAUGGCUGCAUGAUGCACAAAUACAAAAGCAAAGAAGCCAACAACUGCCUUGCUCUAAAGCGAGUGGUCUUUGUGGGCGAUUCACGGAUCAGGCAGCUUUUUUACUCCUUCAUCAAAAUUAUUGACCCUGAGCAAAGAGAAGUUGGAAACAAGCAUGAGGACAUUUCCUUUCUACACAAAAGUUCCUCUGUCAAUGUGGAAUUCCUUUGGUAUCCAGAGGCAAAUAAUUCCAUGAAGGAGCGCUUGAUAUCAUGGACACACGAAGGUUCAUUAAAGCCAGAUGUAGUCAUCCUUGGAGCUGCAACAUGGUCCAUCAAGUUGCGCAGUGGCAGCAGCGAGACACUGCAGCGGUACAAAGUCAACCUGACAGCCAUCGCUGUGCACCUGGAGAAGCUGGCUGACCACGGAGAGGUCUACUGGGUUCUACAAGACCCAGUAAAUGAGGAGGUGUUGAGUGAAGACAGGAAGAUGAUCACUAACCAACAGUUGGAGCAGUACAAUGAGGCGGCGGCAGACGUGCUAAACCGUAACGGCAGGUCCCGGAUCAGGCUGUUGGCUGCGGCCCGUCAGGCUGCACUGGAGACUAUCGCCCAGUCAGAUGACGGCUUGCACCUGCCUGAAAGCACCAGGAAUGUGGGAGCCAUGGUCCUCAUGAACUCUAUGUGCAACAACAAGCUGCGCCCCAUUGACGGUUCCUGCUGCCAGACAGUGCCCCCCCCAACCCUCGUUCAGAAACUGUCAGCCUUCUUCUUCCUCGGCUCGGCCGUGCUCUUCGUCGUCCUCCACGUCCUCGGCAACAACCGUCAACGCCGCCAUGUGCCCCCGGACGUGGAGAGCCUGGAGGAGAAGAAGCCGGCGACUGCAGGUGCCGCCCCCGGCCCCAAGGAGCUGUUCAAGGCCCUCGGCAGGAUGGGCAUCAUCAUGGGAUAUUUCUACCUGUGUGACAGGGCAGAUGUGUUCAUGAAGGAGCAGAAGUUCUACACUCACUCCACGUUCUUCAUUCCUCUCGUCUACAUCAUUGUCCUGGGAGUGUUCUACUACGAGAACAGCAAGGAGACCAAAUUUCUAAACCGAGAGCAAACAGACGAGUGGAAAGGCUGGAUGCAGCUGAUCAUCCUCAUCUAUCAUGUCUCUGGAGCCAGCGCUUUCCUCCCAGUGUACAUGCAUGUGCGGGUGCUGGUGGCAGCGUACCUCUUUCAGACCGGCUAUGGACACUUUUCCUUUUUCUGGCUGAAAGGAGAUUUUGGAUUGUAUAGAGUGUGCCAGGUCCUUUUCCGUCUCAACUUCCUGGUCUUGGUGCUGUGCGUGGUGAUGAACAGACCCUACCAGUUUUAUUAUUUCGUCCCAUUGGUCACCUUCUGGUUUGCCGUUAUCUACGCCACAAUGGCCCUGUGGCCUCAGAUUCUCCAGAAGAAGGCUAACGGCAGUGGUUUUUGGCACCUUGGGAUCUUGGCAAAGUUACUGGGUCUCCUGAUAGUUAUCUGCAUCUUUGCCUUUUCCCAGGGUUUCUUCGAGCACAUCUUCGCGGUGUGGCCGAUCUCCACGCUCUUUGAGCUGAACGGGAGCGUCCACGAGUGGUGGUUCAGAUGGAAGCUGGACCGAUUUGUGGUGAUACACGGCAUGUUGUUCGCCUUCCUCUACCUGGUGCUUCAGAAGCGCAUGGUGCUGUUUGAGGGCAAAGGAGACGCUCUCUUCUCUCCCAAGAUCUCCAACGUGCUCCUCUUCCUCUCUGUCGUCUCCUUCAUUACUUACUCCAUAUGGGCCAGCAGCUGCAAAACCAAAACCGAGUGCAACGAGAUGCAUCCUUACAUCUCUGUGGUGCAGAUUUUGGCCUUCAUUCUCAUCAGGAACAUUCCUGGCUACGCCCGCUCUGUAUAUAGCUCUUUCUUUGCGUGGUUUGGCAAGAUCUCCUUAGAGCUGUUCAUAUGCCAGUACCACAUCUGGCUGGCCGCCGACACCAAGGGCAUUCUGGUCCUGAUCCCCGGAAACCCUUCGCUGAACAUCCUGGUCAGCACCUUCAUCUUCGUUUGCGUGGCUCAUGAGAUUUCCCUCAUCACCAACGACCUGGCCCAGGUGAUCAUCCCCAAAGACAACGUGGCCCUGCUGAAGCGGCUGGGGGCCGUGGGGGUCUUCACUCUGGGAGUCUUGCUGCUGUCCCGGGGCAGCCACAACACACACGGCGCCUGAUGGUAACAUGUCUUGAUGGUGAGGGGCAGGGGAAGACUCGCCAAGCCCCUUUUUGAGGUUGAAGGGAGGUCCAGUCCCCAGACAGGAGCCGGCCCGGUGUUAUAGCUUACCGAGGGCCACAGGAAGGGACCUCAGUUGUAUUAAAUGACAACACAGGGGCCCGUGGGAGGACGGGGGUCUGAGCAGAGAACUUUAUGACUGCUGUGAAAGUCGCACACUGAAUAAUAAAAAAAGAGGAAAAAUGCGGGGAAAAACAAACGUAACAAAGAAAGAAAAAAAAAUACACAACGUUUACAUUAUUUGGAUUUAUGAGAAGAACAGCGGAGGAAAUUGAUGUGGGAUUUUAUGUAAAACAAAAAGAGGUCUUCUCAUUCAAGACCUCGUGCUUGCCUUGUGAAUCUUUUGCAGCGUUGCUCCUAUUUAGCCAAACACACUAAUACGAAGUUUAAUUUGUCACUUACAAUACUUCCUAUUAUUACUCCACUCUGGAAGCCAUCACUAGGCACAAACUCCGUCCAUUUGGCCGUAGCAGUUGAAGAUGUUUUCACUCAGGAGGAUCCAUAAUCUACUUAUUCAGAUAUCUAAAUUGUUACAACGUGCUGAUUUCCAUGAUCAACUUUGUACAGUACUUCUGUUGACUUUAAAACAGUGUUAGAUAUCUGAAUAUGCAAACUAUGGACCAGCAGCUCACUUGUUUGAUCAAAAAACAGUCGAACUUUGGAGUGCAAUUGUUAAAAUGUUGAAUAAUCCCUCGACAUAUUUUUGCUAAUGUCUUCGUGAUUUUUGAAAUGUUCGCCUUGUGAUGAAAGGUGCCGUGUCACUGCUGUGUCUCUGAAAUUCUAUGUGAUAUGUACAGUAUUUAAUGAUUUUAAAUUAAGCGUAUAUUUUAUACAGGUUUUUUUCUUUCUUUUGGGCUUUGUUUUAUGUUGUACUCAUGACUGCUGUUUGUGAAGGAAGUAUUACAUGAGUCAUUUUUGUACCCAUCCCAGCAUCUGGUAGAUGAUCACUUGCCUCAGAGACGCAUUGCGGAGGUCGAGCCUUUACAGUCUAAUACCCGUCUGUCCUAUCAGCUCGCUUCAUAGUCUGUGUAUAUUUGUAUGAUAGAGUGAAAGACUUUAUUUUAUACAGCAAUGCUUUAGCAGUGUUUUUAGUUUGAUUGCCGUUUACAAACAUGCCUCUUAGCUCUGGUGGAAAAUGUACCGCCUUGCACAUAUACAAUAGGAAAUCUAAGUAUAAAUCCUCCAUGUGCGGGCACAGCCGGUGAAUUCUUAAUCAGUGAGUGAAAAAGUGCUUUUCUUAGACUCAAUGCAUCCAAACCUCUCAGAGGCUUUAACAAGAGUACAUCUAGCCUGUGAUCGUCCGCCUGUUAAACUCUGCAUCACUGCCACAUGCCAACAUCUAAAAAAACAACUCCUUUGACUGAGCUUAGAAGGCAUAUUACAAACAAAUACUGUAUAUUUUGACAAAUGGGUUAUGUGGCUUUGCCUAUAUAUCCUCAGACAUUUACUCAAAGAGAUGAUCACUUUUAUUUGAAGACCUGCAUUUUCUUUUCAGCUUAGCAGUGAACUCCAAUGCAUAAUGAGUUUAACAAGGUAAUAUGUGCAGAAAUGUUAUGUACUUGAGCACAUUUUUUAUUGGGUAAAUGAUAGGUUUAAAAAAAAAAAAAAAAGUAUAGUGUUGUACAAUCCAAGCUGUGUUGCUUAUGAAUUUUGAGUUUCAUGUUUCGUCUACCAUGAGGUCGUAAAGGGUUGCUUAGUUAAUUGCUUUCUACACAUUUAUAUAGAUACCUUUUUUAAAGGAAAAAUAUGGGUCCACAUAGAAUUCAUUUCUUCUUUAAAGUGGAGCAAUUUGUUGAUUUUUGGGGCGUCUGGUAAUUUAUCUAACAAUGUGCAGGUUCCGUUGUGUUCUUAAACGGAAUAAGAUUGAAGUAAAUGUGUAGUUUCUAUAACCAGUCAUCACCUCACAGUUCAAAGGGAAUGGCAUUUCCAUGUUGCAAUUUCGGUUAUGGCGCGAAGUUCACUGAUGUUUCCUCGUCUAUUACUGAUCAACAGCUAUACAUUUGGUAAUUGUUUCAGGCCUUAUCAGAUCUUUCUGUCGAGUAAAAGCAACAACUAUUUAUACCCAUGUGCAGCAGGGCCUCUUGAGAUAUGUUACAUGUUAAACAUUUUGUGAUGUCUUAAAAAGGUGAAACGUAUCCAUAUUAUUUAUAAAUGCCUUUAUUCUGUUGUACAUUGUUAAAAAUACCUUCAUAAAAUGUGUUUUUUUUUCGACAAAAUA